AUGGGCCUGUUGUCUCUUAACCUCGUGUCCCGCGCACUCGCUUUUCCUAACUCCUACCUUGGCCUGACCAUACUUCCGGGAAACUCCGCAUCGAGUCGCCUGGUACCGGCCAUCUAUCAGCUGAACGAUGCUCGGAACACAGCUCCUGUUGCCUCUCGGACACUCGAACAGAUCACGUGGCAAUCUCACCAUCUCAACCACCUACACUGCUUUGGGCCAGCAGCUUGUAAUCGCAUGAUGCUCACCUUCAGUUACACACGAUCGACACUUCCUACAAGCGAGGAAGCACAUCUUUUCACAGCGGGAACCCGCCAGGAUUUGUUUUAUCAGCAAAGUGCCCUGAUACAUAGCUCCACUGUGGAAUCUACAAGCUCAAAGUCUGGCCGUUUCAAGCGUCGAAACAUUUCGGUGACGCUAACCCUACCUGGUCGUAGUAUUGAAAUGGCGGAAUCGUCAGCCUCGAAUCGGUUACCAGACGAAAUUAUGAGCCAGAUUAUAAUCUAUGCUCUCGAUCAGGCCUUUUGUAACAUCGACAUGGCUAGGUCGACCUUGACUUUGAGCAAGCCACUGUUUGCUCGGAUUGAGGGAAUAUCUCGGUCAUCUCGGAGACUACGUGCAAUUACACUGUCUGAAUGGUUUCGUUUAUUCUUGGUCAAGCAUAUCGAUGACUGGACAUGGGCAAGUCGUUUGAAGGGCUUGCAUUCUUGGGUACGCCACAUCGUAUGCCCGCCUCAUGCACUUGAGUAUCCUGUUUCGCCGAAUGUCCUAAAAAACUUCCCCAAUCUUCGAUCAGCACGAUUGUCCCUCUCGUGUGACUAUCAGUUCAACUCUCUUCAAUCGUUGGCAGACAUGUAUCCCAGUGCCCCAGCCCAACUCGAGCUCGUACCUGGAUUUACAUAUCGGGAACCCGUAACCGCGUUCCCGCCUACUAUGACCUCUAUUUCCAUUCGCUCGACUCAUGGGAGCGAAACCCCGCUCUUGAGAGCUCUUGGUCUUCAUUGCCCCGAUCUUCGCGCUCUCCGGCUGAACAAAUGCACAAUGUUCGAGUGUUGCAUGGGCUCUGAUUCUAGUUCUAAUUCUGGGACGCAAGAUCCAGGUAGCUCUGAAUCUGAAUCUGAGGAUGAGUACUAUGGCCAAAUUGCGGAUGGAUCUGAAUGCCCAUUCUGGGGGGCUUUUCCGUUUGACCAUAAUAUUUACUUCGGAGACGAAGGUGUAGAAGCAUACGCGGAAGAGUUGGCCACAGAGCUUCAGCCUCUCAAAAAUCUCGAAGAAAUAUCCUUGGGCGUCUACCUUACCCCUUAUGCCUCUCUCGCGGAACAUCGGCUUUCACAUUAUCCUUGGCGUCACCUUGAGACUAGCCAGGUCGCUGUGAACACGGCUGCGCCCGUGAAUUCGCCGAACUUACCCCUUGGUGAUGUUCAUACCACAGCCCCGGCCACUACUCCAGCCACUACUCCCCUGUUCCCAUUUUCAACAUCUCAGCUGGAACCCCCAUCAUAUGUCAACCCUGCACUUUGGUCUUAUGAUUGCGGAGCCUGUCGCAAGGCCUACGCAGAAUCGACAGCCAACGCGGAACGCAUGGCUGGCUUGAUACUCGCGAAUAUGCUACCCAAACUGAAACAGAUAGAGUGGGCAUCUUUCUUUGAGACUCAUCACUCAGUGCACUCUGAAUGCGUCUCGGGAAACGAAGGUAGUGCUGGCUACAGGCGAGGCACCGGGUCUCACAAGUGGCGUGUCGUGCGGGAUGAAGCAGGAACUCUACUAGACCUCGUACAUGCGCAAUAA